ACGCGCCUAGGCCCUGCCUCUAACCUGUCCCAACCUUGGCGCCUCCUGGCUUCGCUCUGCCCCGCCUCCUCCGGUCUAGCCGCGGCUGCCCUGGGGGACUGGCGGGCCUUUCCGGGUCUGCGCUCUGCGCGACGGGGCGAAUCCCGGGGCUUGGUGCUGCCGCCUCCUGGUCUCCGCUGCUUUCGCGCUUCCUGAACUCAGUGAUCGGUUCUUUACCGCCCUGGUACCCUCACGCCUCUCAGCCUUUCGCUCUGGGAGGCUCUGACCAGGUCCCCCGAAGGGCCCUGUGUCGACUGCGACCCCCCUCUCCCCUAAACGGGGUCAGGUGCUAAAGGUGUGUCCCAUUGCUGUGCCGCGAGCCCUUGAGGAUGGUGUCUGUGUGAACCACGUGGACUUGGUGUCUCUUGUCCACAGGUGCUCAGUGGAAGCGAGGGAUUGCCUCUGAGUGUCAGAGCAGAAACUACAACACUUGGUAUUGGUUAGGAUGAAUGUCAUUUGGAGAAAUCGUCUCUUCUAUCUGAGGCUAGGAACAGUGCCACACAGAUGCCAAAGUGGUUCCCACCCAACAGCCCCUCUGGGGUCAAGGAUUUUAACCAAUCCAACCAAAGUUUUUGAACACAAUAUGUGGGAUCACAUGCAAUGGUCUAAAGAAGAAGAAGCAGCAGCCAGAAAAAGAGUAGAGGACAACUCAGCAGUGCGAGUCCUGGUAGAAGAACAAGUUAAAUAUGAGAGUGAAGCUAGUAAAUAUUGGAACACAUUUUACAAGAUUCAUAAGAAUAAAUUUUUCAAGGACCGUAAUUGGCUGUUGAGGGAAUUUCCUGAAAUUCUUCCAGUUGAUCAAAAACUUAAAGAGAAGACGGAAGAAUCGUCUUGGGAUUGCGUGAAAACUAAUUCUGCAAAUUGUUCCUCAGAAAUGCACUAUCCUACUAUGCCCGAAGGAAGAACUCACUAUAAAAAAAGUUCUGGCUCAUCAGAUGGUCAAAGCAAAGUAGGGUCUAAUUUUUCCCACCCAGACUCUGAAGAACACAGAAAAAGCUGUCUGAAAGCUGAAUUUUUUCCUGGUAGCAAUGCCACUUUCAGAAUACUGGAGGUCGGCUGUGGUGCUGGAAAUAGUGUGUUUCCAAUUUUGAACACCUUGCGGAAUAUUCCGGGGGCCUUUCUUUACUGCUGUGACUUUGCUCCUGGAGCUGUGGAGCUCAUAAAGUCGCACUCGUCCUACAGAGCUGCCCAGUGCUGCGCCUUUGUUCACGACGUGUGUGACGAGAGCUCACCUUACCCCUUCCCGGAUGGGGUCCUGGACGCCAUCCUCCUCGUCUUUGUGCUCUCCUCUAUUCAUCCUGACAGGAUGCAAAGUGUUGUCAACCGACUGUCCAAGUUACUGAAACCUGGGGGAAUGCUGUUAUUUCGGGACUAUGGAAGAUAUGACAUGACCCAGCUUCGUUUUAAAGAGGGGCAUUGUUUAUCUGAAAAUUUCUAUGUUCGAGGAGAUGGUACCAGAGCAUAUUUCUUUACAAAAGGGGAAGUCCACAGUAUGUUCUACAAGGCUGGGCUAGAUGAAAAGCAAAAUCUGGUUGAUCGUCGCUUACAAGUUAAUAGGAAAAAACAAGUGAAAAUGCACCGAGUGUGGGUUCAAGGAAAAUUCCAGAAACCAUUGCGCUGGACUCAAAAUAUCUCUAAAUUCAUGUUUUCACUCCUUCCUCCUCACUGAACUGAGUUCAAUGUUAAGGUACAAAACCAGAGUACUACACUAUUCCAAUAGCCCUGCAAAUAUUUCCUUUCUCAAAAGAUAAUCAGAAGAAAAGAAUUUGUAAGCCCUGCUGUUUUACCAUGGGUGAGCCCUUUUGUGCAUUUCAAGCACAUAUUUCAAAGUGUACCUCAUUGUCUUUGUUUUCAACACUUGAUAAGCCAUCACUUGCUUGGGUGUACUGCAUGUGACCAUUGUUUGUUUAUUGAAUUUUAUAAGCAUUAAUAAAUUACUGACAUAAUUCAGGUAAUUUUGAAAAAAUUACCUUUUUUUAGAAGAGGAAAAAUCAUCUCCAUUAUCCAUUGGACUUAGUAAACCAUUUCCAAAGCAGUCAACAUUCUGCCAUUACCAGGUGAUAGUGGACACAGCAUGCCUUGUUUCCAGGGAAAGCUUCAACAAGCCCAAGAUCAAGGUGCAGUGCUUUUUGUCAUGUUGUAUGUUGUCUGUUUUCUGCUAAGCUUUUUUUUUUCUUCUUAAAUUCUUAAAUUCUGCAAUACAAUUUUAGUUUCUCUUUCUUUCCUAAAAUUGGGGAAGUGUGGCCCUUGCUCACAUACUUUCAGGCUAUUCUUGGACGUACAAGUUGCUCUAUGCUCUUUUUAAGGCAACUGUCAUACCCAACCAUGCAAACUCCUGUAGCAGUUAAACAAUUUAUUCACCGUUUUGAUUCAAAAAGAAUACAAGUCAGCUUGCAAAUUACACCUCUUAAAAACUGAGUUUCUGAGAUUGGUCUUUCCUUCAUUAUGCAAUAUUUUCUGACUACUUACAUUGUGCUGAGUCAUAUGAGAUAACACAAUCAAUAAAGACCCAGCCAUGUCUUCAGCAAGCAUAAACAGGGUCUAGCUGAAGAGCAAAAUGUGCUUAUUUCAGACCUCUAAAUCAUGACCUAAGAUCAUAUGAACAAAUAUUUGAUGGAACAAAGACAUAAGCCUCAGCCAUUCUCACUCAUUGCCCAAGAGAUAGAUAAACGUUGGAUAAUAAUAAACAUUAUUCCUUACACUUGAAUCUCAAGUAGGUGUGACACCCUAUUGCCUUCAUACCCCACCCCCACAUUCUUUCCCAGGUUCCCAAGGCCCGGCAAGGCCACCUGGAAGACCAGUUCCAGGAAUUCACCUCCGCUUGCUGCCCCCUACCCACACCUCCAUCCCUAGCCCUCCUAAAAUAUAAAAAGGCCCAGCCCCUGGGGUCAGGGCCUUCUGCCAGGUGUUCCAUCAAUGUACAUGUCAGCAGUUGGUCACCCACCUCUAUGAAUUUAUUUUCUCUGAAUAAAUUCGGUCUGGCUAUAGAUUACUAUAGUGCCUCCUCUCUAUUCUGCCCCUCUUUUCCUAACCAUACCAGCUAGUGGACUUUGAUUAUGAGCCACAGAAAUCUGGAACAAAAGGUUGGACUCUUGAAAAGGUCACCAUGGAAUGACUCAGUUCCAACUGUUUUUCCUUUGAAGUCACUUAAAAUUCAAGUUCCUGGGAGAAUGUAAUCCAUCCAGCUUGGGCCGUGGGUUCAUCUCUUGACAGACUGGGGCAGAGCAGCUUAAUUGCUGCUGCCAGCCAGAAUUUACAUAUAGAGUGGAAGGAAGUUUCUCCCAGGAAAGAGGGGGAAUGGGUGCGUUUGACGCAGCCGUUACGAUAGCCCUUGACGUGCCUGCAUCGCAUAUCUCAGUGCCUGGGUUUGAGUCUCAGCCCUGCUCCACAUUCUGCUUCCCUGCCCAUUCACAGCCAGGAGGCAGCAGGUAAUGGCACAAGUUGUUGAGCCCCUGUCACCUGUGUGGGAGAUCCAGACUGAGUUCUGUCUCCUGUCUUCAGCCUUGCCCGGUCUUGGCUGUUGGAGGCAUUUAGAAUCUGGGGAGUAAACUAGUGGAUCGAAGAGUUCUCUUUCCCUCUCUCCCUGUCUCUUCCUCUCUCCUCCCUCCCAAAUAAAUAAAUAAAAUUAAAAAAAAAAAAAAAACAACUAAGUAAGCCACUAUAUUGUUUUUAAAAGAUAGGGAUGAGAGGCCAGCACCAUGGCUCACUUGGCUAAUCCUCUGCCUGUGGCGCUGGCACCCCAGGUUCUAGUCCCGGUCGGGGCACCGGAUUCUGUCCCUGUUGCUCCUCUUCCAGUCCAGCUCUCUGCUGUGGCCCGGGAAGGCAGUGGAGGAUGGCCCAAGUGCUUGGGCCCUACACCCACAUGGGAGACCAGGAGGAAGCACCUGGCUCCUGGCUUCGGAUCAGCGCAGCGCGGCCACAGUGCGCUGGCCACAGUACGCCGGCCGUAGCAGCCAUCUGGGGAGUGAACCAACGGAAAAGGAAGACCUUUCUCUCUGUCUCUCUCUAACUCUGCCUGUCAAAAUAAAUAAAUAAAUAAAUAAUAAGAUAGGGAUGAGAAAUGCGUAGUCACAGCACAUAAUAUGGUGGCAUUAGCAUUAGUCAUAAUAGUUCCAGAGAGAGAGAGAGAGUCAGGCUUCUGGGAGAAGUUCAUCCUUGAACUUCAGAAGAUGGCAAGAAGACAAGUCUGGGUUGUAUGGGACAUUAAUGGUGAGGAAUAACAGAGGAAAGAUGUGGAAGGAGCUGACAGUCUAAAAUAGCAGGUGUGUUCACCUCCAGUCUCCGAACCGGAGCCAUCCGAGGUUGGUUGGUUGAUUUGUUUUAUCCUAGCCAUGGUUGGCUAUAAAUAGAAUAUUUGGAGAGAUUGAGAAGUUGUCUUCAAAACAGUGUGAGUGGCAAGGAAGAGGAAGACCAUGUAAAGGUUUUUGUGCACAUUUGCCUUGGUGUCAGUGCUUACAAGUACAGGUAGGAAGUUUUCUGUUGACACAUGUAUGUCAGUCAAUGUAAAUGUUAGAAUUUUCCUGAGAUGCCUAACUCACUUGUAUUUCAUAAUUAAAGUAUACAUUUAAAACAUUUAAAAGUCAAACUAGUAAUGAAAGUAUUACAUACAACAAGGGCAGUUUAGAUAAGUUAAUGUUGCUAUGGGAACCCCAGCAGAUCUUCUUGUGUCUCGAUUUAAAAAUCAUGGCCCAAGGUGGUUUUUAAAAACAACAGAAGGUAAAAUUAUUCUCACAUUCUCACACAUGUAAAUUGUACUGUCUCUCUUAGUUCUAAAUAGCAGACUCAAGCCAGCCUCUUGACUGGCACAGUAAAAUUCAGCUUCAUGUCUUUCUAUAAUGUAUUACAGCAUGUGAGCUAACCUUUAGAAGUUUCAAAAAUACAUCAACCAAAUUUGGACUGUAAGACACACACUGAGCUCCUCUGGGCUGGGGCCAGCACCGGCCUCCUAGUCCACGUGGCUGCACAGCUGGGCCCUUCCUGCCCAUGCCUCUUGCUCUCUGGCCUGGCUCCCCCCUGGCCUGCCUGAGUCCACCUCCUCCUCCAGGUUAGACAGAAAGGUGGAUUUAGGGGAGAGAAAGAAAAGGCAAAGACCUAGUCGGAAUUUCUCCUAUAGAUAUUAGGAAAUCUGGGAGUGUUGCAAUUGUAUCUGUCUGGGUAUUGGUUGAAAAUAAUUCCAAUUCCCCCAUCACAUCCGUAAAGCCAGGAGCAGUCGGUUAGGCAGAGCUGGAUAUUUAAACAUUCAUCUUCUGAGGGAGCUGAAUUUCAAAAGGACCAUUUUCUUUCUAAUAGAACAAGGUAUCUUCCUUCAUCUUCUUACAAUACAGAAACAAAUGUAUUUCACAUGCAUCCUCUGUUUUUCUCCGCUUGUAAAAACUCACUUUUGAGCACUGUCCAAAUGUAAAAAUUCACACACACACACAUACACACGUGAAGAACCGUUUCAGGAGGUUGUGAAAAAGUCAAGGUAACAGUUUCUAGUAUUAAAAGUUUUGCAUUCAGUUUGACACAUUUUGUCCAUAGCGAAACACCUAGUUAACGUUGCUCUGAGGACUUGCUUGCUUUGCUUGUCUCAGUUCCAUAUACUUUGUCUCCCAAAUGCCAACACAUCUCAGCUUCUGCCAGUAUGCAUUUCUAAAUCUUUGCUGUACUCUGGUUUGUAUGGGAAAAUUCACCCAGAUGCAAAUAGAGGCCCUCCUGGGGCAAAACUUAAAGCCACCGGAACCAUCUGGAUUGUUAAACUUCAGCAAAGUCACAUUCUUGCCCUAAAAGUCCUGUGCUGUGUUCCUGUGGUUUUCCAGAUCAUCCUGGUUCUGAGCCUGAAUGUAUCAUGCAUUGUUACUGCUAAUUGGUUUUGAUGUUUAUUAUGCUUCUCACAAGUGCAGAUAACUUCACAUCUGCAUAGCUAAUAGACCUCUUUCAAAGCCUCUGUGCUCCUUCUGCCUCUACCAGUCAUCAGUAGACUACAUGGUGGCGAGGGUAUUUUCCCCACUUGUGAAAGCGCAUUAUAAAUUCUAGAGCACUGAAUGUAUGUGAAGUAUUGUUAUUAAUAACGGCAUUUGCAGCCGACAAGGCAGCACACACAGUAUCAACAGAUACUUUUUUGAUGUUUUCAUGAGACAUUGUGGGACAGUAUCGUGCCGUGGAAAAAGUCUUGCCUCCUGGUCACACAGGAAGCAUGGGGUUCUGGUUCCUUUUGAACCACUUAGCUACUCUUAAUUUAGCUGAGUGCUAAGUUUUGUACACACUCCACACCUUACUUCAUUUCAUCAUGAAACUCCUGUGAAUUAUAUUUUUACAACCAUUUAGCAGAAGAGAAUGGUGGCUCUAAGCUGAUAGGUACUUGCCCAGGAUAUCACAAUAAAUGGCAGAGGCACCUUUACUCCCCUCCCUUUGUUUGUCUGUGUCUGUGUUUAGAAGCAGAGCUACUAUCUCUCAUCUGUUGGUUCACUUCCCCAGAUGCCUGUAACAACCAGGGCUGGACCAGACCAAAGCCAGGAGUCCAGAACCCCAUCUGGGUCUCCCACACAGAGAGCAGGGACCCAAUAACUUGAGCCAUCACCUGCUGCCUCCCAGAACGUACAUUAUUAAUAGGAAGCUGGAAUUGGUACCACAGCCAGGCACUCAAGCAGGCAGCCCUAGAGAAGUCUUAACCUCUAGGCUGAACACCCACCCUGCCACAGUUUUUAUUGAUCCACUCAGAAAGGCUCUGGAGAAGAAGGAGCGCUUCUGAAUCCAGUGGAGAAGUGCAUUGGGUGUGAAUUUGGGUCCGAUGGCCUUCAAGGUCAUGGCUCAUUCUAUAUCCAGUCAUUCUGUAAAAUAAGAAGGGUGUACUUGUCCACAGUUACAAAUUGGGAAGGAAGAGAAGGAAAGGAACUGAGAGGAAUGACAAAGCAAAAAGCUUUCAAUCAGUUCUUUUCAGCAUUCUGCAUAUGUUAGUUCUGCUCCUCCCUCCCCCCAGCCAGGCUUCAGCCUUGCACUUGGCAUGCCUCCUAGCAGAGCACUCAUCACUUGCAUACUCCUCACUUAAAGAAAAGACAGCACUCUGUACUGCAAGGAGGAAAAAAGCCCUUAAAAUGUCUUCACAGGGAUUCAGCUCUAUCUGAAUAUAAAAUCAGGAAUUGUCGAUAAUAAAAUACGAGUGAAAACAUCUUUAUUUAAAACAUUGUAUGUACAUUAACGCCACAUUAAUGCCAAUUCAAGCAUGAAAUGCUGAGCAUUUCUUGGAAUAUGGUUUGGGAUUUCAGAAGCGCAAAGCUACCUGCAGGAUGACUUUGGUGCAGUUAUAAAUAUAAAUAGAAGUAAAAUAACAGUUGCAUCUUCAUUUAUAAUGAAUCUACAUUGUGGCCUCCAAGCUACAGAGGAAAGUAGAUGCCAAAAUCUGUCUUUCAUUAACAUAUGCCUUAAAUGACAAGGAAGAGGUGUUGAAGACAAAAUUACUUUUUCCUAUGAGUAUGAAUCAGCAGCAUGCAGUAACAAGCAAGUAAUAAUAGUUCUGCGUCUGAGUGCCUACAGAGAGCAAGAAAAAUAGCACCACACUGAAAAAGCAAGUGCACCUGCAGGAAGGGCCCAGGAGGCCGCAAACCUCAGCUCCCCUGAGCAGCGGUUCAAAGGGCCUUGGAGUACAUGGACCCCAAGCCUGGCAAGUCAGGUUGGUGUGAGAUGGACAGAGCCCGUGAUAACGUUGAGAUGGACCAAGAAAGCCCACCCUCAGCUGCCUGGGGAGCUCAUCAGGGGCAAGCUGCAAAGCCUUGCUACAGGGGCCGGUGCUGUGGCAUGGUGAAUAAAGCUGCAGCCUGCAAUACUGGCAUCCCAUAUGGGCGCUGGCUGCUCUACUUCCAGUCCAGCUCCCUGCUAAUGCUCCUGUGAAAGCAGUGGAGGAUGGCCCUAGUGGCUGGACCCCUGCACCCCGUGGGAGAUGGCUCCUGGCUCCCGGCUCCUGGCUUUGGCCUGGCCCAGCCCCUGUUGCUGUGGCCAUUUGUGGAGUGAACCAGCAGAUGGAUGAUCUCUGUUUCUCCCUCUCUCCAACUCUUUCGAAUAAAUAACAAAACAAAACAAAACAAAACAAAAACUUAAAAAAAAAAAAAAAAAGGCCUCGCUACUCGGCUCAGGGUUCAAAACAGCUUUGGAUUCUACAGUGCCUGCGGUUUCACAACCACUUACCCUUUAGUAAGGAACAGUUAGAGGCAUGUGAAUGAAUAAUGUUAACAUCACAUAAAGAGGAAAAAACAUCAACACUUUAGGAGCACAUUGACUUCAAAUAGUGUCCAGGUAACUGUGUCCUUGGCAUCCCAGUGAUCUGCAUCUUUAUCUUUGAUCUUCUCCAGCAGGUAGGCCCUAAGUAUAGAGCCUGGGCCCCAGGAAGAAAAUGUUUCUAUCCAAUGUUGCCUACCAAAUAAAAUGAGCCAUUGAUUGCCUCCUAAAAAGUCCCAAGCCUCAAAUCUCCAUCUUGGGCUGAUAAGAUUUGGUGCAAGGAAAUUGUGCAUUUUGUUAUGCUUAAGAAAAAUUCUUUGGCCAUGUUUUCAACCCCUUGCUCCUUUUUGUGACACUUCCUAGUUCUUCCAGAAAAUGCAUAAAUUAUUUUUUCCCUCAGUUAAUCUUUCUAUCUCAAUUUUUGGUGGUUUCCAAAAACACUAGGAAGGGCAGUCACCCAUCAGGCCUUUAAGGCUUUUGCACUGGGAAAAAGUGCUGAAACUGUGUGACUGCCUCAAAUUAAUGGAGAUACUGUGGAGUCCUUUGUCUGAGUGGGUUGGUUUAUUUAUUUGUUAAUGCUAUGUACUUAGCGCAAGUAACACCAUGCAAUUGCCACCUCAUUUCUCUCCCCUCCUGCCUCCCAAGAGGAACCUGUCUUCCUCCUGAGGCUGUCCUGCAGAACAGAAUGCUUGGCAUGGAGAAUGUGAUAGCUCUCCAUACACCUUUAAUUGUCCCCCGCUCCCACAGGUCAGCUGAGACAGCCUCCCCCUAAGCAGCCUGUGGAACUCGCAUCGAAAAUCACCUGAAAGAGAAUGGCUGAAAUUACCAGCCUCACAGACUGCACUGAAGCAGGAAAGAAAUUUCUGCCUCUAAGGAUAAUUGGUUUUCUCAUUGCUCAUACCUCUUCCUUCACAGCCCUCAUUUAUUUUAAUAUAGAUGUUCCACUUAGACUUUCUAGAAGAUGUCUUUCAAGAUUUUUUUUUUUUUAAUCCGAAUGACAGAUGAAAUGCAGGAACCAGAAAAGUAUUUAUUCUAUGUAUCCUUUCCAUGAAUGUAUUGCUAAUCACCCAGCCUGGCUUCAUUUGCAGCUUUGUUUCCUAACAGGACACGUGGGCUCUGGAGAUUGGAGACACAAAGCUUCAUUAUAACCACCCGUGUGUUGCUCCCAUUUCUUGUAUGCUUUCUCUUCCUAACUCACUCUCCAGGUGCUUCUUUGUCUUGCCAAAUAGUGCAAGGAAAUACUUUUGCAGAUCUUUUGUUUACUUUAGGAAAAAAACCACCGAUCCAGGCUUUCCCAUUCGGGAGUGCUGCUCAUUUCCUGACUGGCCUUUAAAGUUUGGCUCAGUAGCAACUUGGGGAUUUGUUUUCUACCCAGAGUGAAAAGAGCUGGGUGCCAGCAGCCCCAUGCUGGAACAAGAACUGAGUUAUGCUCAUUCCCUGGGUAAGCAAGCUGAUGUUUUCCUCCUCGAGUUAUUUUUCCAUUCUUCAAAGCGUAAAUGUAUAGUCACUAGCUUUGACUUUUUUGUUUAAUUCAAAUAUUCAUAUGUAUGCAUAGUUUUAAAUCAACACAUAAUUAAUUGUAUAUAUUAAUGGGAUACACUGGGAUCUUUUGAUAUAUGUUUACUGCAUUUAAUGACCAGAUCAGGGUAAUUGGCCUGCUUAUCACUUCCAACAUUAAUCUUUUAUUUGUAUUGUUAGCAUUCAAAAUCGCCUCUACUAGCUAUUUUGAAAUACAUAAUCAGUCACUGUCAGCCAUGGUUGCCUCCUGUGCUGCCAUAGAACACAGUCCGCUGCAGCCCUGCACCUGUGAGCUGUCCUCUCUCCAUCUGUGCCAGGCUCUGGUAACCUCCCUUCUAUCCUCUACUUCCAUGAGGUUAACUUUUCAGUUUCCACAUAAAGUGAGAACAUGCAGUAUAUGUUAAAAGAUAUGUUAAUAGAAUUGUUUCACCUCCAAGUGCAUGCAGAAGCGAUCAUGUGCCCAAGUCAAGUCUCAGGAAUCAAAAACCUCUCCUUCACUGCUUUUCACCUACUGUAUGAUACACUACAUAAUAUAUGCAGGGCUUAUCCCUACUCCAAUUCCAAUAUCAAUUGCUUGGCCAAAAGAAUUUGGCUUGAGAUGCCUCACUUUCCAGGUCCACAAGACUGCUGUGUUAAUGGACCUUUGGUUAUAACAUGGUUUGGACCACUUACUUAUUUCAUAUACAUCUUGUCAAUUUGUGCCUUCCUCUCUUCUUUGGCACAUUUACAUUAAAUUUUAUUCUAUGCAACUGCAUCUCUACUAUAUUUAAGAGGGGGUCCUCAAAAAGUUCGCGGAAGUGCAUAUUAUGAAAUGCAUAUUAUGAAAAAUCAAUGCAUGGAUUUUGAAUUUUUUGCACCAAAAUAGAUUUAUCUUUUAAUUCCAUUUUUCUGUGAACUGUUUGAAGUAUACUCAUAUGUUUAUAUGUGAAUAUGGAUUAUUCUUGUUUCAUCCUACUUGGGUGAAUUUAUUCAUAGUUUAUUAUAAGAUCAGUAAAUUUUCAAAGAGAAAAGCUUUGUGAACCCAGAGCCUAUACUUUUAUAUAUUAAUGCAUUUUUAUUUACAUUAAAAGAUGUUUUGGAGGGCUGGUGUUGUGGCAUAGCGGGUUAAGCUACCUCCUGCAAUGAGGCACUGGUUUGAUUCCCAGUGGCUCUGGUUCCAAUCCAGCUCUCUACUAAUGUGCCUGGGAAAAUAGUGGAAGAUGGCCCAAGUGCUUGGGCCCCUGCUACAGGUGUGGGAGACUUGGAUGGAGUUCCAAGCUUCUGUCUUUGGCCUGGCCUUUGUGGCCAUUUUCCCUAGAUAUACCACACAGCAGACUCACAGAAUAACAAACACCCUAAAUAGCACUCUGACCUCAGAAUCAGCCAUAAAGCAUUCUGAUUUGGCUGAAAAGCCCAAGAAAGCAUUUCAGACAUGGAAAGCCAAGACACUGUGGCAAAAAAAUGAUCUACAUGAAGGAUCUCUGUGAGUGAGAUCCCAGUGGAAAGAAGAGGCCAUCAAAGAAGGAUGUACUUUUCUCUGAAGGGAGGAGAGAACUUCCACUUUGCUUAUGGCCUUGUCUAAAUACUGAUGGAGUUUGUGGACUCAAAAGGCUUCCAUGGCCUUGGCAGCUCAUGACAAGAGCCUCAGGUGAUCACUGACGUCAUAAAUAAGAGUGCCAAUUGUUAAAUCAACAACAGGAGUCACUGUGUACUUACUCUCCAUGUAGGACCUCUGUCCUUAAUGAGUUGUACUUUGAGAAUUAAUGGUAAAACUUGUCUUCAAACAGUAUUUUAUACUUUGUGUGUCUGUGUGGGUGCAAACUGUUGAAAUCUUUACUUAAUAUAGAGUUGGUCUUCUGUAUAUAAAGAUAAUUAAAAAUGAAUCUUAAUGAAGAAUGGGAUGGGAGAGAGAGUAGGAGGUGGGAUGGGAGUGUGGGGGUGGGGAGCUGGUAUGGGAGGAAAAUGCUAUAUUCCUAAAGCCGUACCUAUGAAAUUUGUAAAAAAUAUGAAAAAAAAUAAAGGAAAGCAACAGCCUGAAAAAGAAAAAA